AUGACAGGUUCAUUCUGGCACAGCGUCCUACCAUUUCGAAGACCAUCAUCAUCAGCUUCCUCAACCUCAACGACAUCUGAAUUCAUAGAUUCGUCCUCACGCAGCAGUCUCAACUUAAGUCUUCAAUCUAGCCACAAAGUAUCCCGAAAGCGACGAGAGUUAUUUGGUGAUUUUGACUAUUCUGUCGAUAACGGGAGUAUGAACGCGAAUAUGCAAGAACCUACGGGGAUGGAGAGAAAUUACUCCGGUAGAGAUACUGGAUUCCCAGAGCCUCUAAGUCAUGAACGUAAUACAACACUUCGACAUCCUGAAGCAGAUACUUCCCCAUUCGCAACUCUCGAAUCCACCGAACUUGAUAUUCAUCGUUCCCACUCGCGACUUUCCCUUAGGAGACUCCAUAGUAAACAUAAAGGGUCGCUUCUGAGCAUACCCUUACACGAGGAGGUGGAGUACACAGAUGAGACAGAAAAGGAUGCGAAACAAACCGAUUCAGACAAAACAGCAGAGGAAUAUUCAGAAAUGGAGGGCAAAGAUGAUCAGGGAUAUAGAUCUGGAGAACGAAAGAAGGGGAUGCUUCAAAAGCUGAGUCUACAUAGAGGUUAG